AUGCGAGGGUACACGUCAACUCACUGGCUGCCACUGUUGCCCUCAGUUUACAAGGUAAAUUUUGAUGGCGCUACUUUUCCGGACAUCGUCGCAGCAGUUCUGGGUGUGGUUGUACGUGAUUCAGAGGGCUUGGUCAUUGCAGCGCUAUCAGAACGAAUCCAUUUGCCUCCAACUGUGGUAGCUUUGGAAGCGUUGGCUUGCAGGAGAUCCAUCGUAUUUGCAAUUGAACUUGGGCUUCAGGAUGUGGUUUUCGAAGGCGAUUCAGAGGUUAUCUUUAAACUCCUCACUGCAGAGCAACCUUGCAUGUCCGCAUUUGGGCACAUUAUUGAAGAAUCCCGCUCCCUAGCAUCAACAUUUAGGUUGGCUACCUUCACUCACACCAAGCGCCAGGGUAACAACGUUGCAGACAAACUCGCUAAGCUAGCGAAGAAUUUGUAUGAACCACAAGUAUGGUUAGAGGACAUUCAUCGUAAUGUAACAGAGCUUGUAACUGCUGACAGAAUUUUCAUGCAUGUUUAA